AGUGAGCUGUGGGCACACGGAGGCAGGCAGUGCAUGGGCAGCCCGGGGCAGCAAGCCUCUCCUGUCUGGAAGAUAUAGGCUGAGGCCCUGGCCUACAGUCCCUGAGCUGCAUGGCUUCCCUGGGCCCCAAGACACCUGCCCCCAGCUGGUCGCCAGGGAGGAGGAGAACCAUUUGUUGGGUCAGUGCCAUCAGCUUCAUGGCGGCUGAGGAGAUGCACUGGCCUGUCCCCAUGAAGGCCAUUGGUGCCCAGAAUCUGCUAACCAUGCCUGGGGGUGUGGCCAAAGCUGGAUACCUGCACAAGAAGGGUGGUACCCAGCUGCAGCUGCUCAAAUGGCCCCUGCGCUUUGUCAUCAUCCACAAGCGAUGCAUCUACUACUUCAAGAGCAGCACGUCAGCCUCCCCACAGGGCGCCUUCUCAUUGAGUGGCUAUAACCGGGUGAUGCGGGCAGCUGAGGAGACGACAUCCAGCAAUGUUUUUCCCUUCAAGAUCGUCCACAUCAGCAAGAAGCACCGCACGUGGUUCUUCUCAGCCUCCUCUGAGGAUGAGCGCAAGAGCUGGAUGGCCUUGCUGCGCAGGGAGAUCGGCCACUUCCACGAGAAGAAGGAGCUGUCCCUGGACACCAGCGACUCCAGCUCUGACACAGACAGCUUCUACGGUGCAGUUGAGCGGCCUGUGGACAUCAGCCUCUCUCCAUACCCCACGGACAACGAAGACUAUGAGCACGAUGAUGAGGACGACUCGUACAUGGAGCCUGACUCCCCUGAGCCCAUGAAGCCCGAGGACGCCCUGACCCAUCCGCCGGCCUACCCACCACCCCCAGUGCCUGUGCUGAGGAAGCCAGCCUUCUCCGACAUGCCCCGAGCCCACUCCUUCAUCUCCAAGGGCCCCAGCCCCCUGCUGCCCCCUGUGCCCCCCAAGCAUGGCCUCCCAGAUUCAAGCCUGGUCCCUGAGGACUCCAAGAGGGACCCGAUGGGCCUGAGGCGGGCAGAGCCUGCUCUCAGGGUGCCCGCUACUUCCCGAAGGAUGAGCGACCCCCCACUGGGCAGUGUGCCUGCUGUUCCCGGCCUUCGGAAGCCCCCUUGCUUCCGAGAGAGUGCUAGCCCCAGCCAGGAGCCCUGGACCCCUGGCCAUGGGGCUAGCUCUGCCUCUAGUUCUGCCACCAUGGCUGCUGCCACCUCCAGGAACUGUGACAAACUCAAGUCCUUUCACCUGUCCCCCCGGGGGCCACCCACGUCUGAGCCCCCACCUGUGCCGGCCAACAAGCCCAAGUUCUUGAAGCCAGCUGAAGAGGACCCCCCAAGGGAGGCAGCAAGGCCUGGACUCUUUCUGCCCCCCGUGGCCCCCAGGCUUCCUGUACUGAAGCUGCCCAUGCCUGAGGCCACAGCUCGUCCCUCAGUGCUACCCAGGCCAGAGAAGCCUCCGCUCCCCCACCUCCAGCGAUCACCCCCAGAUGGGCAGAGUUUCAGGAGCUUUUCCUUCGAAAAACCCCGGCACCCCUCGCAGGCCGACCUGGGCCAGGAGGACUCAGAUGAGGACUAUGAGAAGGUGCCGCUGCCCAGCUCAGUCUUUGUCAACACCACAGAAUCCUGCGAAGUGGAAAGGCUAUUCAAAGCUACAAGCCCGCAGGGAGAGCCCCAGGAUGGACUCUACUGCAUCCGGAACUCCUCCACCAAGUCAGGGAAGGUUCUGGUCGUGUGGGAUGAAACCUCCAACAAAGUGAGGAACUACCGCAUCUUUGAGAAGGACUCCAAGUUCUACCUGGAGGGCGAGGUCCUGUUUGUGAGUGUGGGCAGCAUGGUGGAGCACUACCACACCCACGUGCUGCCCAGCCACCAGAGCCUGCUGCUGCGGCACCCCUAUGGCUACACCGGGCCCAGGUGACACCUGCCCCGUAUGGCUGUCAGGCAGAGGCAGUCACAGGGGCCAUGACCCCAGGCCACACAGAUGGAGACCGGCCUGCGUGGGAGGAUGAGCUGGAGCAGGGGCCGGGCUUGCCCCAGGGCCUCUGCAACAGACACCUUAUGGAAUCUGCUGGGCCUCAUGUAGCAGGCUGGGUCCCCACAGCUGGACCAGGCCCCACGUUCCAGGGGGCUGGUGGGCUCUCUGGCCACACUGAGCCUUGCCCUGUCCCACCCCCAGGAACCCAGGACCCAGCCUGGGCUUUGAGGACAGGAGUUUGGUCCCCCUGGCACACCCACCCUGAUGUGGGCUGAGGCAGUUGGGUGGGGGCCGGGACCCCACAGGAAUGCUAAGAUGCAGGCUCCAGUAGGGGCUGCUGCUUCCCAAUAAAGCAGAGGUGAUCUCUG